AUGUACACAACAUUAUGGACGACUAGUUGGCGGCUCCUUCUAGCCUGUGUCUGGACCAUCCUCGGAGCAACCACCGUCGCAGCAAGCGAUCAGUCGGGCGUCGUGGAAGUUGACCUGGUAUUCCCCCGCAAUGAGACAUACGCGCCGACGCCGCUUUUACCCAUUGUCUUCGGUUUCCAAAACUCGCACUUGGCGCCGGGGCUCGCUCUUAAGAUCGGAUUCUCGAUAUGGAACUACAAUAACAAGAGCGAUUCGGUCAAGACCACGGAGUACGACGUGAGAUUUGCCAACUUCUCCAGCAGCGACCCAUACUAUGAAUACCGCGGCUUCGCCAUGUUCAACGUUGAGGGGACCUGGCAGAUCAGAUACACUGUGUCAUGGUUCAGCUGCACGGAGGAUUCAUUCAAGUACCCAUACGAACUUCCCAGCAAUAACACGUCCAACGCCAUGAUUUUCACAACCAAGACUGCCGGGCAAAGUGUGGAUCUCAUGGCUGCCACAAACGGACAGGAUUGCUCAUCUGACGCGGGUGUCGCCAUCAGCGUGACUGAUACGCUCAACUCUACCGGAAUCUCAAAGUGGCCAGGCGGCGAUACGUGUGCUGUGGUGGCUUCAUCAACGGUCACGCCGAACCCUUGCAAGAUCAAGAUGAGCGAGGCCGACGCGUCGAGUAUCUCUGCUGCUGUCACUGCUCGGGCGUGCGAGGCACAGAAUCCACCAAUCGAAUGCCCUUCAGGCAACGAUGGUGACGAAAAUGCUGCGGAUCAUGGGUUGGUUGUUGGAGGGGUGGUGUGUUUGGCUGCCGCAUUGGGUGCCAUCCUCCACGUUUUGAUGUGA